GUAGUAUAAACAUGACCUCUGCAGCUCUGUCUUCCUCCAUAAACCUUCAGGCGAACCAUUUUGGGUUUGGCAGCAACUGCAGCUUUAGGCCACAAAGAAGAAAAUCAUGUUUCAGUGUUCCUCAGGAAACAAGCAUCGAACCAGAGAACAAUCAAGACAAAACAAGCAAAAAACAAAGUACUAAGGCAACAUUUGCAGAUUCUCCAAGCUCCCCCCCACUAAUCAAUGCACUGAAAGCUUCAGCUGAGCGAAACGCAGCUCGUUUUCACUUCCCGGGGCAUAACGGAGGGCGAGCGGCACCAUCAUCAUUAACUCAGCUUAUUGGUCUUAAACCAUUUAUGCAUGAUUUAACUCAAAUUCCUGAGCUGGACAAUUUUUUUCAUCCAAAGGGCCCAGUUUUAGAAGCAAUGCAGGAAGCGGCAAAGCUUUUUGGAGCAUCAGAGACAUGGUUCCUAGUUGGAGGAACCACAUGUGGAAUUCAAGCUGCAAUUAUGGCAACUUGUUCCCCAGGAGAACAUAUAAUUCUUCCAAGAAGUUCCCAUUCGUCAGUCGUAUCUGCUUUAGUGUUUUCUGGUGCAAUACCUAGAUACAUCAUGCCGGAGUAUGAUUCCAAUUGGGACAUUGCUGGUGGAGUAACUCCAUCACAGAUAGAUAGGGCAAUCAAGGAGUCAAAGACGGAGGGUCAAAAAGUAUCUGCUGUCUUUGUUACUUCACCUACUUAUCAUGGCAUCUGCAGUGACCUGAGUGAGAUUUCUCAAAUAUGUCAUUCUCAUGGAAUUCCUUUGAUUGUGGAUGAGGCUCAUGGGGCACACUUUGGGUUUGAACCUCAACUACCUCAUUCAGCACUCAAGCAAGGGGCUGAUUUGGUUGCUCAAUCCACCCACAAAGUUCUCUGCUCUCUUACUCAGUCAUCCAUGUUGCACAUGUCAGGGAAUAUUGUAGACAGAGAAAGAGUUUGUAGAUGUUUGGAAGCAGUUCAAAGCACUAGCCCCAGUUAUCUACUUUUAGCAUCAUUAGAUGCUGCCAGAGCUCAACUAAGUGAUAAUCGAAACAAAAUUUUCACCAAAGCAAUAGCUUUAGCCAAUCAAGCAAAAGAAUGUAUAAAGAAAAUUUCAGGUAUAUCUAUCCUAGAAUUUCCCAUCGUCUCUAACUUCCCUGCAAGUGAUCCAUUGAGACUCACUGUUGGUUUCCAGCAACUUGGCCUGUCUGGCUAUGAAGCAGACGAAAUGCUAUACAAGAAUCAUGACAUCGUUUGUGAACUUUUUGGGACCCAAUCUAUUACUUACGCCAUUAACCUUGGAACAUGUGAAGGCGAUAUUCGAAGGCUUGUAUCAGGCAUUGAGGAUGUAAGUUCUUUUGCAUCCAUUUUAGAAAUUGAAGGAAGCAACAAACUUAGUGUUUCUACUCCCUUUCUGGAUAUCAAAUUCAGCUUGAAUCCUAGAGAUGCAUUUUUUGCCAAAAAAAGGAGGGUGAAGAUUGAAGAGUGUGUGGGAAAGGUGUCUGGGGAGCUAUUAAGUCCAUACCCCCCAGCAAUACCAGUAAUAUUCCCAGGUGAGGUUAUAUCUAAGGAAGCUUUGGAAUAUCUGAUGCUUCUAAAAAGCAAAGGUGCCUCUAUAAGUGGUGCAUCUGAUCCCCAACUAACAUCACUACUUGUAUGCAAUGUGUAGGAGAAAGUGCAAAAUGGCUUAUGAAAUCAAUAUUUCGUUUAACUCCUGAUGGUUGGAGUAGUCUGUAGCAGGAAUCAUAUAAAUUUGCAUCGUUUUUUAGUAUUUGUAUUGCAGGGAAGUAUGGUAUGAGGGUAACAGUUGUUGAUCAUUAUCUGUAAUGGACAAUGCAUUGGAGAUCAUUUAGGACAUUUGGUCACAUGACAUAGCGUGUGGGCUUUCAUCUUUUUCACCUUGAAGGUCAAUCAGAUUGCAAAUCUAUUGUUUAUGUUAUCAUUGAUAAAAAUCAUCCUAUAAUUUAUGUUUUAUCUUAUCUACCAUGAUUUUUUGUCCUCAACCCUUGUUCCCCCUUUUGCUUUCACCUCACAAGUGACAUGGACUUGUCUUGAUUGCAAGAUGAAAGCCAAGAUCCUCAAGACCAAAAAAAACCUUCCAUCUUACAACUGAGGCUUUAACCUCAGUUGAAGAUGAUGGAAACCUUUCAUCGUGUAAGUUAAUUGGUUUGUUUUGAAAUAAAAAUUACAAUCCAUGGGUAAGGAGGAGCAACUAAUCUUGAAUUUUAAAAAUUGUAUAAAAAGAAGUUAAGAUCUUAAAAUUUCCUCUUUAGCCCCCAUAAAUUUUCGAAAUUGAAAAAUAGUACACGCACAAAAGUUAAAAGGUAAAAUUUUGCAAAUUUCUUGUGAAAAUUCUGGUUUCAUCCUGUACCUUAAGAACUUACUACGCUGUCAAGUAAUGGUUUAAUGCCAAGGUUAUAAACUCUGAAUAGAUAUUAUUUCUUUUUCAAAUUUAAAGAUUAAAUAUCAAAAGCUAAAGGAUCCAAUAUUAAUAUUCUACAUCAUUCUUUUUAAAUAUUGGUAACAUAUUCAGAAAUUGGAUCUCAAUUUAAGUUCAAAAUGUGUUACAUAUAAUACAUUUAUAAAUCAUAAAACCAGCCAUAUUUGCUCACUAAAUACUAGGUUUUAUAUAAAUUAUUAUUAAUUAACUUAUGAACAUGUUUUAUGUUAAAAGAU